AAAGCCAUUCCUGCUGUGAAGCUGUUUAAAACAGGGGUCUGCUUUUACCGCACCUGAUCAUGGAAGUCUGUUCAACAAGCGACAUGCACAACCCUGGGUUGUAUUAAACAGUCGAAAGGAGCAGCCAGAGAGAUCUCAAUACCGAAGAACCGGCUAAUCACUAAGGUCGAUACAUUCCCCUACAGAUAACUGACAGACGUAAAUAGACACCAUGGCGUCUUUGAUUGGCUCACAAUAAAGUGAAAGACAGAUUGAUAACAUUUGAAACCACGCCCCUACCUCGUGGUGCCAGUUGGGUGGAAUUGGUAAGAAAAAAAAUGAAUAUUGUGUCGGACAUAGCAGAUCUAAGAAGUUAGGAUAUUGUUUUGUUUGUAGAAAAUGCAGGAAUUUUCUGCAUUCAAGUUAUACCUGUUAGUUAGUGUUUUGGGAACAUGGCUUAUUCCGUUAACACAUACCAUUUCCAGGAAUCAAGAACAGGAAUCACAGACAUUAAAACGACUGCAGAAUGAAGUAUAUAAAUUAAGAUUCCAAGAACAUCCAGAAUUUGCUACAUUUUUCGGUAUACACGACUUCGAUGAUUCCCUGGAGUCGUAUACUAUGGAGGCUUACAAGCGGAGGAAAGAAAUAUGUGAGAACUUCUUAAAGUUGGUAGAUGACAUUGACCAGACUCAACUUAAUCGAGGAGAAAAGAGAGAAUUAAGGAUACUGAAGUCGUAUUUACAAGCAUUUAUAGAUGGAUAUGAAUGGAAGGAUUAUGGUGCCUUGAAUCCUAUCAAUUUUCUAGAGGGGAUUACUAAUGGACCAUUUUGGACGAUGUAUGCCAAACCUAAAACCAAAGAUGAUUAUCAAAAGUACUUAAAGAGACUGGCGACAUUUCCAAAACAGAUUGAGGAAGAAAUGGAUUUAAUGAAAAAAGCCAUAAGACUGAAAAGAACCAGCCAUAAAGUAUCUGUUGACCGUGUACCUAAAAUGUUAGAGAACUGGCCAGUUUAUCAAAUGUUUCUUUAUCCAUUUCAAGAAGCUUUAGAAGAUAGUAAAUUGUCACCAGAACUCCGAAGUAAAUUAGGACGAAAAGCUGAGGAACUUCUGGUUCCAAUCAACAAAAGUUUAAAAAAGUUCCAAAAAUUUAUGGAAAAGGACUAUGCAGCAGCUACCCGACCUUCACCGGGUGUGCAUUCGUAUCCCAAUGGUGAUAAGUAUUAUCGUGCUUGUUUAAAAUGGUAUAUAGGAUAUGAUAUAUCGCCUGAAGAAAUAUUUGAAUUGGGAGUAAAAGAAGUGGAUCGGAUUGAAAGAGAAAUGAAAAACAUUAUGGAGUCAGUUGGGUUUCCAAGCGAAGAUUUAAAGUCUUUUUUCCAAUAUGCUAAAUACAUUCCUAAAUUCUAUAAUCACUCAAAGGAAGAGCUUUUAUUCAAGUAUAAAGAAAUUUUAAAUCAUAAAAUCAGACCUAAAUUAUCAAGGCUUUUUAACAAUAUUUCAUUACCUAAAAUUGCUAUUGUUCCGGUAGAGAAAGAUGGCCCGUGGGGUUCUUAUGGUAGAAAUGUCUUUUAUGUUAAUUUAAAAGAACCAAGAAAAAGAUCAACGUUUAUGAUGUUACCAUUGGCUAUACACGAGACCGAUCCUGGUCAUCAUUUUCAAGAAGCUUAUACAGCUCUAUAUGAUGUACCAGCUUAUAGAACUCAUAGCAUGAUCAGUAAAUUAUAUUCUGUACCAUUUCACUUCCCUGUUUACAGUGCCUAUACAGAGGGUUGGGCUCUGUAUGCUGAGUAUCUUGGAGAUGAAAUGGGAUUAUACAACGAUCCAUUUGAAAAGUUUGGAAAAUAUUGUUCAGAAAUAUUUCGAGCCUGUAGACUCGUGAUAGACACCGGAAUCCACGCGUUUGGGUGGACGAGAGAGCGAGCUAUAGAGUUUUUAAGUAAUUAUAGUGAUUUUCCCAAAAGUCAAAUAGAAGCAGAAGUUGAUCGUUACAUCACAUGGCCUGGUCAAGCCUGUGCUUAUAAAAUAGGAGAAAUGAAAAUUAAAAGUCUUCGUAAAAAGGCCGAAACUAUUUUAGGAAGAGAUUUUAAUAUUAAAGAAUUCCAUCAUGAAAUACUGAGUAUUGGUAGUGUACCUUUAGAUAUAAUGGAAGAAGUCAUAAAUGAUUGGAUUAGUUCUAAACAAUUCUGGAACCACAAUAGAAAUAUACGAUAUGAUGCUAACGUUAAACCAUCAUCAGCUGCAACUUCUAAACAAUAUCAUUGUGGAUUAAUAUUACUGACAUUCACAGUGGUGUUUACGUUAUUAAAUUAACAAUCGAAUGUUUAGUGAUGUUUCAGUUUAUUUAAUUCAUCAUUCUAGAUUUCUUGUUAUUGGGUUUACAAUACAUUGAUAACACAUCCCAGAAAUGAUAUUGUAAUGAAGCUAUUCAAUUUGCACUCACAAAAUAUUCUAUAUGAUAAUAAAAGAAUGAGUAACUGCAUAUACUAAUGGACCAGGAACCGGGCAUGCCAAGAGUCAUGUGAUUGUAAUUGAAUUGCCGGAGUCUUAGACUUUUUAUACGCCCACAUUGAAAUGUGGUCGUUUAUUGUCGUCGGCCCCGUCUGCCCGGCGUCCACAAUUGCUUGUGGACGCUCUAGAGGCUAACGUUAAUAUCCGAUUGACUUCAAAUUUAUACACAUUGUUUAAGAUCAUGAGACGAAGAAUCCCAUUGAUUUUCAGCGAUUUCCGAUUAUUGCUACCAGAGUUAUGGCCCUUGAUCACUUCAACAAAUCUCGUGGACGCUCUAGAGGUCAGAGUUAAUAUCCGAUUGACUUUAAAUUUAUACACAGUGUUUAAGGUCAUGAAACAAAGAAGCCUAUUGAUUUUCAACGAUUCCCGAUAAUUACUGCCAAAGUUAUGGCCCUUGAUCACUUUGAAAAAUCUUGUGACGCUCUAUAGGCUAAAGUUAUCGUCCCAUUGACUUCAGAUUGAUACACAGAGUUUAAGGUCUUGAGGCGAACAAGUAUAUUGAUUUUCAAUGAAUUUUGAUAACUUGAACAGCUAAAUCCAUGAUGUUAAAAGUCUGGUAUACUAAACGUUAGUAUGGGGCAGAACUUUAUAAAAACCAAACAAAUUCUAAUGGUUUUCUGAUAAUUACUUAAUGAGUUGUUACUCUUAAUCAGAUUUUAGUGUAUUAUAAAUGUUUCAUUUCCGAAAAAAGUAAAAAUAUGCCACAACUCUUGUUGACUGCCCGGACAUAGGUGCUGUGGGCGUAUGUUUUGUUGCCUGGCAACCUAUCUAUUACAAGGGCUCAAUUCCUGGUCCAAAAAUAUCUGUAAAUAAUGAAUUUACGGAUGGGAAUAUGAUUCUUAAACCAAAAUACUAUUGAUUUUCCCCCGAUGAUAAUGAUGUAGAAUAAAAUAAAUCCAUACUGUGGGAUAAAUAAGCUUCAUUUGGACAUUGUUCUAAUAGCAUUAUCUAAUAUAUCACCUCUAUAUUUAUUUCAUAAAUUGUAAAAUAUGACAGGAAUAUAUUGUUUAUAUUAUGUAAAUAUGUAUAAUAAAGACAUAAAAGUUAUAUAUUUUAGAAAAUAUUUGUAAAUAUGUUAUUAUUAUAUAAUUAUUUUUGUGCUUUUUGUAAAAUAACUAAUAUUUAUUUUAGCUUUAAUUGUUCUUUACAUGUAGGAAUCAAAGGGUGAUGAACAAGCCAACAAACAUACCCAAAGCCAAAAUAUGUGCCAAUCUAAUUAGAAAACAUAGCAAAAUCAUCAUAACUUUAUUUACCUCAGAUGCUUAAAGAUGGCAACAUGAAAUCAAUUAAAACUGAUGGCUAUAUCUUAAACAUACAUUAUGCAAGAGCUAAAUCUGCCUAUUGCAAGGGUCUUUCGACUUUAGGCAUGAAAUGUUAUCUAAAUUAUUAAUUAGACAUUAAUUAACUUAUCCAGACCAUAAUCAACUCUCGAUGGCAUCGCUAGCCUGCGAUGUUUAUUGGAAUAGGUUCCGAUUUCCUGUUUGACUUCCAUUCAAAAUUUAAUCAUUAAAUGGGUAAUCGAGACUAUGUUUUUUAUCGUACAGACAUUAGUAAUGAUGAUCCAGGCUAGGCCAAAAAUUCAAUAGCUAAAAUCUCAGUUCAGGGUGGAUCAAUUUGACUUAACUUUUCAGCAAAUUGCCUUUACAUUAUCUAGUUUUUAACUAUUAUAGUGAGAACUACCAGCUCUUUAUCUAAUCUCCCAUAAUGUAUCUUUAUGUACAUACGUUUUAGUAUGAGUACUUUUGAUUGUGUAUGAUUUUUUGACCCUUUAAGCCAGAGCUAUUUCAUUCAUCAUCAGUAACCAUAGACAAUAGAAACUGGUAUUAUUAUUUUUAUUUCUUUAAAAUGGCUCUCCUAUAAUGUAUUUGCCUGUUUUAAUGAUAAACAGGGUAAAAGUUCAUAUUAAUUCAACAGCACAGGGGCUGAUGGAGUGAAAGUCUAAUUUUAGAUUAAAUCUUUCAUGUUGCACAUAAACUUACUGGGGCCCAAUGAUUUAUGUCUUGGAAUAAAAUUAUAUAAAGAAUCCUUAACAUUUCAUUUGACAAUUAUUUUAAUUAUUUCAAUCCUUCAUAUCUAAUGAACAUGUAUAUAAUGUUUUAACAAUAUUGUUGUAUAAUAAAAAAAGUAUCAAAGGCA